UGGCGCUUAUUAAUCAGUGCAGAUGGGGUUCUUGUGUGAAUUUUGAACUAUUGAGACGUACGUUAAUAUUACUACGACAGAAUUUGUCAAGACCCGCUUAAAUAGCCAUGGAACCAAAAAAAGUGGAAGAUGAGGCUUUUGUUACUCUAGCUACUGAUGAUAGCUACAGUCUUGGAGCACUUGUCCUUGGCCACUCUCUUCGCAAAGUGCAAACUUCAAGAAGCUUGGUAAUUCUUGUUACAGUCGGUGUGUCAGCAGAUAUGAGGUCUUUGUUAUCUUCUGUUUAUGAUCUUGUUGAAGAAGUUGGUGAAAUUGACAGUAAGGAUGAAGUUAAUUUAACUGUCUUGACUAGACCAGAACUUGGGGUGACUUUCACCAAACUCCAUUGUUGGAGACUCUCUCAGUUCAAGAAAUGUGUCUUCCUGGAUGCUGAUACUUUAGUACUGCAGAACUGUGAUGAGCUUUUCAACAGAGAAGAACUCUCGGCCGUCCCUGAUGUUGGUUGGCCAGACUGUUUUAACUCGGGCGUUUUUGUUUUUAGACCAUCAGAUGAAACAUAUAAAGCAUUGGUACAGUUUGCUGAGGACAAAGGAAGUUUUGAUGGUGGUGACCAAGGUUUGUUGAACUUGUUCUUCCAAGAUUGGGCAACAAAAGACAUUUCUCAACAUCUUUCUUUUCUCUACAACAUGAAUUCUAAUGCUAGUUACACGUACCUACCUGCUUUUCAACAGUUUGGUAAGGAUGUUAAAAUUGUCCAUUUUCUCGGAGAACUAAAGCCUUGGAAGUAUAUAGUUAGUGAAGGAAAACUUAUGAAACCAAGUGAAAGCCAACAUUCAGAAGAUCAUCUUCAGUAUUGGUGGGAUCUUUACAUGUCCCAUGUGGAACCUCAUCUUCAAUUUUAUCAAGAUGCACCCUAUCAUGAACUUGCUAAGGUAAGACUCGAGUCUCCUGAGCCAGUAGAAACAAGUGUCUCUCAAGAUCAACCAGUAGCUCCUGGGUUCAUUUCUCGACAGGAGGCAUGGGAAAAAGGCGAGAUAGAUUACUUGGGUGUUGAUUCCUUUGAAAAUAUUCGUCGAAAACUGGACAGUAAAAUCAAUGGCACAACAGAAUGACUAAAGUAGUAAGCUUUCAUAUACUGAAGUGAAAUGGUGACAUUUGAAAAGAAUGUGCCAUCAUCUUGAUGGAGAAUUGGGUGCUUUGAAAUUGUUUAUUAGCACUGUCCUGAGGCAUCUGACUGAAUCAUUAACAAUAGAUACAUUAAUAUUCUGAUAAUAUUAAUGUUUGAGAAAACUGUUUUAAUAUAACCAUUUAGUGGUAUUAAUGCUAACUAUGUUUUACAUCUUUAAAUUUUGCUUUCCCUCCUAUGAUUGAUGAGACUAUGAUUUUGAAAAUGAACAAAGACAUUGAGAAUAUAAAGAUUCUUGUUAAAGCUUCAAAGGAAGCUAGUUAGACUUAAUGUGUACUUCAGUCUUAGAAUAUAAUUGUAUUUCUGUAAAAAUUAUAAAUUAUAUUUGUAACAGAAUUUCAUGUUUAAGUCUUGGAGUUAGAACAAAGCCUGUUUAAAUGCAGCAUUGUUAGCUAAGUACAAUUAACAAGUGUUAUAUCUAGUGCAGUUACAACUUGAUUUGUUAGUAUUACUGAAAUGAGCACAUUACUCUCUUGUGUAAUGUUCUUUAAGUAGAACUUUCCACUACAUCCAACUUCCAUUGCCCAUACGACAUAAUAAAACCUUCUGUCCAACCACUUGAGCACAAGCUACCUUGAUGUUUAGUUUGUAGAUACCCUAGUACCAUGCAAGAUUUUUAUGUGGUGUUUUUGUUUCGUAUCAUUAACAGAUUUGGUAUCUAAUGAACACUGAUAUUAAAAUGCCUGCAAAACUACAAAUAUUAAUAUCAAAAUUAUAUGAACUUAAUCUCAAAAGCCAUUCUCCUGGGUACGAUAUGAAGUUAUUAUGACAAAUUGAUAAAAAAACAACUUUGUAGCUACAUUUUUCAGUAUAAAAGCAUGUCAUUGCUUUUCAAUGUGGCGGUUAACAACUUUGGAGUUAUAUUUUUCAAUAGAGAUCUUCUGAAAUGAUAAGCUGUAUGAAGUCCACAAUAGUUGUUAAUUAGAUUAACUAACUUCUGAUAUGAACCAUAUGCUUAAUUUCAAUAAUCUGCUAAAGCAGUACAGAAUAGAUUUUUGUCUUAUAUUUAUAUAUACACGUUUUUUGUUAGUUAUUAACUUUUUUUUUCAAGAAUUAAUCAUCAUUUCAUAGAUAAACCACUAAGUUUUUGUAGUAUGCUAUGGGAACACCAAGCAAUCUUUUCAUAUGGUUUCUGACUUCAUAACUCCUGUGUCAGAUUUUACUAUUCCAUAAGAAUAAUUGAGAAGUACCUGGUAAUUAUGAUCUUACUUUCUUAUGGUGACAAGAUUUAUCCUCUUCCUUGAUCCAUUCUAAAUUAAAUCUAAAAAAAAUCUGUCAGUGAAAUUCAUGUAUCAUUGUUUUGUUCAAAUUUUUUCUUAUUUUUUGGUAUCCAGUUACUGGUUUCUAAUUUUCUAUUUUCAUUGAAACUCACUUGAAGAGCUAGUAUACAUCAUAUAGCUUUCUAUUCUACCCUGUGGGUGAGAAAUGUUUGGACUUACAAUGUUACAUUUCAAGGUUUGAUUCUCUUAAGUAGACGGAGUGGAGAUAGCUCCUUAUGUAGCUUUGCACUAAAACAACAAAUCCUAUUCCACAAAGAUAAAAGGCAAAACUUGAUAUUUUAUAAAUUACAGACCUAGUGAUAAGAAUUUCCAGAGUUUUUUAAUGUUUUGUUUAUCAACACUUGUACCACUUUUUUUUUAACUGAUGUAGAUUAGAAAAAGGGGCCAUAUUGGAAAGCAAUAUUGUUUUAAAAAAUAUUGUAUUGACUUAGGAAUAAAAUAUUAAGUCUUUAUGGCUACUUUUAAUGAUUCAAGGAAUGUUGACUUACAUUGCCUCAAGAAGUAUGUUAGGGAAUUUAUUUUGUAUAACUACAUUCAGUGAGCACAUACAUCUGACUUUCAUUUAUAUAGUAUUUGAACUUAAUUGCCCCCAUUGAAUAUUUUUUGUGACUCUUUUGCUUAAAACCUAUUGACUGGAAGACUAAGCAGUUGAGCUGUAAAAUAAAAUAAAGUUAAGAGUAACUUGUAUCAUUUCGAAGAGAGAGAAUAUUUUGUGUUAAAAUCACUAAACAAUUUUUUUAUUUAGGGUGGUGCGAUAGGUUAUAGUUUCAGCUUCAAAGUUGUGGUCCUGUUGACUAGCUGUUUUCCCUCUAACGAGUCAGUUCAAAAUUAGGGACUGGUAGCACAGAUAGCCUACGUGUAGCUUUGUGUGAAUAUUUGUGAAGUAAAUUUGCAUCAGAAUCUUGCAAAGUAUGAUACAAUCAUAAUAUUUGGCCCACUCUAGGUUCUUAAGCCUAGAGUGAAAAAUGAUAUGGACCCAAGCUUACUGAACCUCCAUUCGACUGUAUAAUGUAAUAAUCCAUAAUGGUUAGUUAAUAAUAUUCUGUUUGGAUUCCAUUGCUUUAAAAUAGCAAAUAAGUAAUUAAUUAAAUUAGAAUUUAGUAGAAAAUAAUAAUUUCAUGAAAGAGUGCCUGUUUCAUUGAUUCUAAGAUAAAUCUCCAAAUGUUGUUGAAUAUCAAAUGUACUAGGUCCACCAACAUGAGAUGUGUGGCAUUUUAAAGUGACAUCUUGGGAAAAACCCAAUGCGAGUUAGAUAUAAAAUUUUUAUUGUACAAACACUACCAGCUUAGAUAUAUUACACUGUGGGCAUCCAAUAUUGCUAUUCUGGUGAACAAUCAGUAUUGUCUUUGCAGUGUUGCUCACAGCUAUUGCACAUGGGUAUAUAUUACACAAAGACCCAUCUUUGGGAGAAUAUCAACUAUGUCUCUUUUUUCCAAGUUUUGACAUGCAACAUGAAGCCAAAGAAAAGAGGCAAAAUGGUUUGAAGGCCAUGCUGAUUUAUUUCCUUAGAUAUGCCUUUUUCUUGAGUCUUUAAUGCUGUUAAGAUGAGUAAGUUGCAUGUUCAACAUAUCAGCAGUCUUGAUAUUUUUUUCCGGUGCAUUGAUUUUCAAUGUAAGGCCCCUCAAGUAACAUCCAAAUAAGAACUAGCAGAGACUUUGGAAUGGAAACUUUUCAACAACAGAGUGGAAGAUCCAUUAAACCUUGGAAAAUCACCAAACAAAUUCUUACAAAUCACUGCUGCAACUCAUGAAUAUCCCUCAAAAGUCAAGAAACGAGCAUCAGAGAUAGCCUCUCCAGGAGUGUCCUUUAACAAUAUCUAUAUAUCUACCUUUCUUGAGACAUUGUAAGUCUCAUAUGUAAGCAUGUAGUUUCUUCAGUAUUGUUGAGUGAACCUUUGGUGAGGAACCAUGCAUACCAAGAUAAGACAUUUAUUUAAUGAAUGGGUUCAAAAAGUUAGUAAUUUUAUAACUUUUGAAGAGUCUCUGAAUGGAUAUUAUAGUUCUUUUAUGUAAUUGAUUAUCUUAACCUUACUCCAUGUUCUGCUGUCUCAUAGCUUUUUGUUAAUGGUUAUCGAGACAAGAUAGGCAUACUUUAUGGCAUUUCACCUCAUUUGCAACCAUAUACUCUCCUCUUAGUUUAGCCAUGAGAUUCUAUUAUCAUGCUCUAUAGCAGCAACAGAUAAAUGGUAAUUAAGUCCUAAUGUUCAUGCACAGAUGUGGUUGUAUUCAUUAUUGUUUGUGUUGCAGAAAAGUCAGACUUCUUUACCUUCCUCUACAUUAAAUGAUGACAUUAUACCCAUUGCUUGUCCUGAAGUACUUAAUAUAUCUGGAACAAAAUCUUUUUAUAUGUUUGUUCACUUUGGAUUUAUUCUUAUGCCUUCUAAUACCUUGCACAGUUCUGUAAAAAUGUCAUCCUCAAUUUGCUGCCACCAUGCAAGUGGCCCAUUCGAAUGUUGUCAGCAGAUGUGGCAAUCUCUUCAAUUAUUUUCGCAAGUCCUGUGACAAUGUAUAUUUGCCUGCCCAUUUGUUAGGUCUAGAGUAAGAAAGUAAAUACUUAAUUGUGUGGUAUAUAGAACAACUUCUGAGUCAACUUUAGUAUGAAAUUGGCCAUAUUGAAUAAAACAGCCAAAUGGAGGUCUGCUCAGCUUAGCUCUAUAUCAGAUUUUAAUCUAGAUAUUGGGACCUUAUUUUAAGCCAGUGGCAUAUUGAUAUCACAUUUUGAAGAUUUUGACAUUAAUCUACUCCACUAACCAACAUACUCUGUCUACACACUUUAUUGAACUUAAAUUUGCUUCUAGAUUUUUCAACCCUGUGUUGGUAAUUCAUACUUUGGUAAUAUUUUUACGGGUUUUCAUUUUUGAGAUGUUAUUUUCCUGUUGCCAUAUAUUGAUCUUGUUUCUGUCAAUAUGAAAAUAAAUUUGCAGUCUAAGUUAUUAGAUCUUUAAAAUUUAUAUAUUUUCCUUUUACUUUUAUCACUAAUUUGCUUAUUUUAACUGUGUAACCUAAUUAAUAUACUUUAAUGUGUGUGUGUGUUUUAGUAUUAUGUCACAAAUAUGACAGUACUAUUUCCAUUUUUAGUUGUCGCAUGCUAUUGAUAUUUGUUACAGAAAUAUUAUGUAAAAAUUAUUUAAAAUGAAGUUUUAGAGUCUCAAAUGUUUAGGAUUUAUUAAAAUCAAAAAACCAGAACCAUUUAAACCAUUUCUUGGUGUAUAAUUAUUGUGUAGGACAGCUAUUUUAUGUAGUUGCAGAUGUUUAUAAUUCUGGAUUUUACUUCAGAUUGAUUUUGAUUAAGGAUGGCAUUACUGCUCAUCCUCAUGAUAUUUUUUCUGUGUAAUGUUUAGUAUUUAAACAUCGUGUUGGGUCAAACCGCUCCACGUAAGGAGGAUUUGUAUAUGUUUGCUAACUAAACUAAAUGAUUAUAGAUUGUUUUAGUUAGUGAAUUAUGACAUCUAGUUACAAUGUGUAUGGUAUUACACUGUGAUAAAACUGCUAAUAAUUUGAAUUGAAUCAUUUGUUAUUAAUUUUAAGGCUUAUGUGACCAGAAUCAUUAUUAAUUAUUUUUUGCAUCCAGUUAGUUAAUGUAAAACUAAAAAAGUUUGAGCAUUUUUUACAGAUAGAGCGUGAAUGUUGAUCUUUCAAAAAAAUAUAUUGCUGUAAAUUUUACUUAGUCUAAUAUUGUAUUUUUUAAGCUCUCCUGUAUUUGGAGCAAGACCAAAACUUCUUUAUUUUCCACUGUGUAUCUCAAGAAAUGGAUAUAAAUCGUAUGUUUUCUAAUGUUACUAUAUUCAUAAGAUUACACAGUAAUUAAUUCUAUUUUACUUAGAAGUUUAAAAAAGCUUUUUUUUUUAAAUGUUAGCAUAUAUAUAUUAUGUGUUAGAGUUUUAUUGACAGAUAAUUUUCUGAAAAUUGAGUAUAGGCCAUUUACAAAUAAGUGUGUAAUGCAUGUAUUAGGGCAUGGAUUGUCAUUCUUUUACACUUCAAGGUCCACGUAGUUAUUUGAUGCAGUUGUAAAGGUCCACAUAUGCAGUUGAUGAUUCGUUGGUUUAGAGCAGUUACAGUUGUCCUGGCUUGCUAUGGCCCAUAACUGCAUGUAUCUCAGCCCACCUGUUGAGAAUCAGUGUAGUUGGGCACUUUAAGUUGUAUGUUUCUUCUUUGGAUCAUUCCCAGUUUAUAAAUAUCUUUUUAAUGCAUUUUUUACAUAUUCUCUCUUAUAUAUAUUCACUUUAUAUUGUUAAUAUAAAACUAUAUUUUUUGUUAGAGUUUUACAUUUAAGAAAUAGUGCUCACUUACAUGUUUGAGUUUGCAGAAUUGAUUUUCAUGUUAAUAAUACCUCCUCUUAGUGUGCAUUGUAAAGCUUAGAAUUUGUAAGUGGUGAAAAUUGGACGAUUUAAUGUAGCCAUUAACUAAAUGUAUGAAGUCCAGCUAUUUUAAUGUGCCUUCAGUGCAUAGGGAACCAAAAGUUAUAAAUAUUAACUGUGGACAAUGUAUUGCCUGUUUGAUAUGUAGUAUGUCAUCAAAACUGAUUUAUGAGUAUAUUAUAGUGAUAUGUUGAACAAAAAAAUGUAAUAUUCUUUCAUUAGUAACUUAUAGAUUUUGUUUUCAUAUAGUAGUAGACACCUAGAGCUUGAAGAAAAGUUAUUUUGUUAGUAUGUAACAAAAUGAAAGCUGUCUGUUAUAUUACUAUGGAUAUGAGCAUUAAAGUUGCAUAUAACAGUUGUGUCCAUAACAAUAUUAAUUCAAGCAGAAAUGUAAUUAUUUAUGAGCUAAAGAAUGUAUGUAACUCGUGUGUUACAAUAAAAAAUUUACAGCAAUUUC